AUGUUUCAGGCAGAGGAGGUCUGCAUGGUGCCUGAGCAGGAGAGGGAGCCCGAAGCAACAUGUUCUGGGGACGCCUCCGAAGGCAGCGAAGCAAAGGCCAAAAAGAGCCGCUCCUCCCGGUCCUCCCGGGCCGGGCUGCUCUUCCCCGUCAGCCGCGUAGACAAGCAACUGCGCAGAGGAGGCUUUGCUGAGCGCUUUGGAGCCAGCGCUCCCGUCUAUCUGGCCGCGGUGCUGCAGUGGGUGACGCACAAGACCAUGGAUGCUGCCGGCAAGAUUUCCAAGAAGAGCAAUCAGCAGCGCAUUUCUCCGUUGCACUUGCACAGGGCGGUGCAAAAGAGCUCUGUGCUCAAGCAGCUUCUGCGAGGCAGCGUGCCCAGGCGCCGCGGCAGGGCUGUCCCCCAACGGCAGCCUGUGGCCUCACCCUGCAAAAAGAAGAUGACCAAGA